AUGCAACAAUCCUUCAAAAUCCUUAUUCAUCUAAUCAAGAAUCAACAGAUAUACAAGGAUCUAGUGAGGAGAAUUUUAUGCUAGCAGAAAUAAUUCUUCUUUACAAUUGAGGAAUCAAGGAUUAAAGAUGAGACAAAUUUUUAGGCAUCAUCCUAAAAAUAUCUUAGAACAUAUGAAAAAAGUUACAAAUGUCAUGAAGUGGAGGAGGGACAACUUAAAGUAAGAAAAAAUGAAGACAAUAUUUUAAAUAUUCUCAAAGAUAAAGUGAAAAAUCAUUAAGAAGCAGCGAUAGUACUGCAUGGAUUGAGAGUAGAGAGAGAAAGAUGCCCGAAUAUUUGA